GGCUGCUUCUUUGGUUGUGAGCGGCCGGGUGCAGCAUGUCUAGACUGGGGGUCUUGGGCGGUGCCCAAGCCGGGCUGGGACUGUUGCUGGGCACCGCCGCGGGCCUUGGAUUCCUGUGUGCCCUUUACAGCCAGCGGUGGAAACGGACCCAGCGCCAUGGCCACAGCCAGAGCCUACCUAACUCCCUGGACUACACGCAGACCCCAGAGCCAGGACGCCAGGUGAGGCCUUUUCGGGCAGUCCCCGGCGAGGCUGGAGACGCUGCGGUACUGCCCAGCCUUCCGCGAGAAGGCCAGGAGGAGGUGCUGGAGCGCGUGGACUUGGUGCUGACCAGUCUGGUGGCCCUGCGGCGCGAGGUAGAGGAGCUGAGGAGCAGCCUGCAGGGGCUUGCUGGGCAGAUUGUUGGGGAGGUCCGAUCCCACAUGGAAGAGAGCCAGAGAGUGGCUCGGCGGCGAAGGUUCCCAUUUGCCCGGGAGAGGAGUGACUCUACUGGGUCCAGCUCUGUCUACUUCACAGCCACCUCCGGAGCCACAUUCACAGAUGCUGAGAGCGAAGGCGGUUACACCACAGCCAAUGCCGAGUCUGACUAUGAGCGGGACUCUGACAGGGACAGUGAUGACGGGGAAGAUGAAGUGAGCUGUGAGACUGUGAAGAUGGGGAGAAAGGCUUCUCCGGACCUGGAGGUGGAGGUGGCUUCGGGCCCGGUGGCUGGAGCCCUGGAUGCUGGAGGCUCCCCUCGCCUGGAGGACGUGCUGCCCCUCCUGCAGCAGGCGGAUGAGCUACACCAGGGCAGCGAGCAGGGCAAGCGGGAGGGCUUCCAGCUGCUGCUCAGCAACAAGCCUGCGUAUGGAAGCCAGCAGGACUUUCUCUGGCGCCUGGCCCGGGCCUAUAGCGACAUGUGUGAGCUCACUGAAGAGGUGACUGAGAAGAAGUCAUAUGCCCUAAAUGGAAAAGAAGAAGCAGAGGCUGCCCUGAAGAAGGGGGAUGGGAAUGCUGACUGUCACCAGUGGUAUGCAGUGCUUUGUGGUCAGCUGGCUGAGCAUGAGAGCAUCCAGAGGCGCAUCCAGAGUGGCUUUAGCUUCAAGGAGCACGUGGACAAAGCCAUUGCUCUCCAGCCAGAAAACCCUAUGGCUCACUUUCUCCUUGGCAGGUGGUGCUACCAGGUCUCUCACCUGAGCUGGUUAGAAAAAAAAACUGCUACAGCUUUGUUUGAAAGCCCUCUCAGUGCCACUGUGCAGGAUGCCCUCCAAAGCUUCCUAAAGGCUGAAGAAUUACAGCCAGGAUUUUCCAAAGCAGGGAGGGUAUAUAUUUCCAAGUGCUACAGAGAACUAGGAAAAAACUCUGAAGCUAGACAGUGGAUGAAGUUAGCCCUGGAGCUGCCGGAUGUCACCAACGAGGAUUCAGCUUUCCAGAAGGACUUGGAAGAAUUGGAAGUAAUUUUAAGAGAAUAAUCACAUUUCAGUGGCCUUCGUGACUUGAGGGAGACUGCCCUGCUUAGAUCAUCAGGAAUCUAAGUGGUGGUCCUGACUCCUGGGUCUGACUGGUAUCCAUAACCAUUCCCCAAUUUCUUUCCUCUUGCCCACUGGUUAAUUUAUUCUAAUCCCUUAUUUUAUCUG